AAUCAAAAUGUCUUGCGUAACAUAGAGGUCAUAAACGUGAUCGCUUUUAGUUAUAUUGAUCGUAUCCUCAGAUAAAACAAUGUUCGAAUACGAGGCAUAGUCUGUAUGCUGCUCAUACACACUACAUAGCUUUGAGAGCAGACCCUCUCUACUGGGAUAACACCUACAGCUCACCCACAUUACCUAACACCACUUUAGUGACGUCACACAAUAACAAACUUGAUUUGCAGCAAACACAAGAUGAACUCGAUUGACUGGUCUGUCCUUGGCGAGGAGUCUGCCUUGUUAGCGGACGCGAUCUCGUCCAGUUGUAGCAUGUGGCUUGGGCUGCUCGAGCAGGAGAAUUCCUCUAUUCGCUGCACCUUCUGCAACACGCCCAUCCCCUGGAUCAUCUGCAGAAAGUACACCUGUAGCCACUGUCAUGCGCAAUACUGCUCCAAAGAACACAAGAGAGCCGAUCAACGCUAUCACCGGCACAGAUGCAAUAAGCAACCCCAAGAAGUACCCUACACUGAUUCUCCUGAAAGCUCUAUGGCAAGCUUGCUUGGCACGCAUCCUGGAUCGAUCUUCCAAGGAGAUUUUAGCACAAUUCCUCACAUAGAGUGUCUGGCCGAUUUACAGGGCGGUCUUGACAAACCUGUCGACUUAACCACGAAGUCCGUAUCGUCGGAUACACACUCAAAGAGGGGCAGUCGAAGUAGUACUUCGAGCAAUGCACAGGAAGAGACAGAAAUGCAUGUUACACCGAUGUACGACGCAUCGCCUCUAUCCCCGGCAGAGGUGCCAAGCCCAUGUAGCUUACAGGGAGUCGACAACUCUGCCGUCCUUAACCUUGCCAAUGCAAAGCUGACCGUAAACGAAAUAGCAGCAUUCACAGCGGAUAGCCUCCAGCGGAAUAACUAUUGCAUCCUGGACAACUUCAACGGCUCUACUCUGGCGCAGUGUAUCUAUGAAGAAGUGAAAGGGUUGUAUUUUCGCGGUGAACUUUCUGACGGAAAAUUGUCAACUUGUGAGGUGACAGAGGUCGGGCCGAAUGGCCGCGCAGUGCGAGAAGAUAAGGUUGCAUGGCUGAGAGGCGUCGAGGCCAAGGCGGUACAAAGGCACAUGCUUCACAUGGACAAGUUCAUGUCCCAUUGUAACAAGUAUUUUCACGGACUGGAGAUAUCCAAGAGCAGGACGCACGCCAUGGUCGCGUGUUACCCGGGUGGGGGGACUGGGUACAAGCCACACGUGGAUAAUCCGAUCAGAGACGGGCGCUGCAUCACAACACUGUAUUACGUCAACCCAGAGUGGAACGCGCGGAGAGACGGCGGGAUUCUCACGUUGUUCCCAAACAGUCGCAGCCGCUCGGCCGUGCACGUGGAGCCAGUCAUGGAUAGAAUGCUCCUAUUCUGGUCCGACCAUAGGACACCGCACACGGUCAACCCGACAUUCAAAACAAGGUUUGCAAUAACUCUGUGGUACUUUGAUCAAAAGGAGAGGGAGAGCUACUUCAGGAGAAGUAAGAAAAUGUCUUAUAACUUCCAAUUUCAUUGUGCUUUUACCGGUCCCACUUCUUGAGUGACGUCUUUCCCCUUGAAGGGGAGGGGGGCUGAGGGGGUUAAAGUCUUGAUGCAGGAACAACUCAAGCAUCGGUCAUAGCGGGAAAGCCAUGAUACACAGAGUCCUGAAUAUCCGACACGAGUUUUCGUCGUGCGCUGGAAGAAAAAAAGAUCGACAACGCCUAGCAAGUGGCAGCACUGAAACUAUCAGACUCUGUCGCGUACACACAGACCCAGAUAGAUAGAGAGAUAAGCGCUGAGAAAUACUGUUGGCUGUGGGCCUUGGAUAGCAAGGGCACGUGUUAAGUGACAGAUCAAGUUAUGCAGACAUGAUAGCACAAGAAGGCAAAUAGCUAGUUGGUGCUGCUGGGGGGAAUAGGUGGAGUAUAAUUUAUCUUUGUAGAAGGCUGUCUCCUACGUAUAUAGCGUAACUGAGGUGAGAAUAACUGCAUUGGAGACUAGGUGAAGGCAGGCUUGGAGAAUUUAGUUCAAAAUUUGACGAAAGUCGAUUAUCGACUGAACACUGCUUAGCCCUCAUCCAGGGUAUGGACCAUCGUAAUGCUACAUCCGGCACAAACCCAUUCACCGGAAAGGGGUUUGUAUAGGGAUGGAAAGGCUAUUAAAAGACUUGCUUAACAUAGCUUGUAUUGGCCUUUCACCUGACUUACGUCUAAAAAAUGGGUAAAAUAAAGGCAACAAUAAACUUUACGCAUUUUGAAA